UCAGUUUGAAAACUUAUUUCAGCUGAAGUAGUCGCUCACUUUAGGAGCAAAAUAAACGUAACAUGGCGUGCAAACAUACUUCGAAGAAGAUCAUAUUGAUGAUUGUCAAUGUGAUUGUCAUGCUUGUCGGCUUAGGAGUUUUCGGCGUGGGCCUAUGCUGGUAUAUGAGGGUGAAUGUGAUAUCGAACAUAUUCGGAUAUACCAGCAAAUGGAUGGCCGUCGCACUCAUGCUGGCUGGGCCGCUGGCGGCCGCCGCUGGGAUCCUGGGGUGCUAUGGCGCUAUCACACAGAAAGUGCUUAUUCUGAUCAUUUUUAAAGUCCUACUGAUUGUACUGCUGGGUGCCAAGGUAGCGUGCGUGCUCCUUGUUUUCAUAAAGAAGGAAUGGUUUGCCAAAUCCGGCCCGAAGAACGAGCCCGAAAAGUUCCAGAUGAUCUUUACAGCCUUUAUGGCUGCUAUGGCUGCUGCGGAGAUAACAGCUACUGUGUUUGCUUACAAUCUUAUACGCCACGUCAGAACAUGCCCCCAAGAAAAUGAAAACUAAGAAGAAAUAGAACUG